GGUGAUGGGCACAGGAGCGCAGGCGGAGCCCGGCUUCCAGGGGCGGCGGAGCUACAGGGGGAAGGAGCCACCUUAACGGAGAGCCCCGCCCCGGGCCCGGAGCAUGCGUCCCGCUCAUUGGUGCAGCUCUAAUGGCUGAAAUUGAUUGCUGAAAUGCAAAACUUGUUGCUGUUUCUCCAGCUCUGGGUGAGAGAGGGAGCGGAAGAGCGGGGAGCGGAGACCCUGCAGCGCCCCAAGCCGGGCACCCUGCACCGCCUGCGGCCGACGGGACCCGCCAGCAGAGGGGAGCGGGGACCCUGCAGCGCCCGAGCCCGGCCGACGGGACCCACCAGGAACCCAGAGCCAGCGCCAGGAGAGCCUCGGUCCGGCCGCCGGGCGGGGAGACGCUCGGAGCGCCCAGCCCCGAGCGCGGCCAGGCGCGGAGAGCGGAGCCCGCCGGGACCCCGCGCCGGGCUGGCCGCUUUGCGAGGCGAGCGGAGAAGCAGAGGCGGAGCCGCGCUCCCAGCGCCUCUGCAGCCCGGCGAUGCGGAGCGGAGCUCCCGGGGACUGGAGCCGAUGAGCCGCGGAGCCGAGCCCCGCCGGAUGUCGGGGAGAGCCGGCCGCCGCACGAGGUGUGAGGGAGCGGGGCGCUCCCAGGCGUAAGUGCCGCGGCCGCUCGGAGAGCCCCGGGCUGCGUGGGGCGGAGGCCCGGACCCAGGCCGGUAGAUUUCAUUUCCUUGAACUUUGUUUGGAAGCCGGGGCUGACGCUGCCUGCUGCUUCCCCGUGCCCGCCCCGCCCCGCCCGAGCGCAUCCCCGCUACGCGCCCCCACGCCCUGGCCACCUGCCCCUGCAAGAUGUGAGCGCGGGGACAGCUCCCUGGGGACCCCGGCUCGCCCGCCGCUGCCUGCUGCAGGGACGCCGUAAGUUGGCUUUGACUUUGGGGCGCUCGCUCGCUGCGGUUCCGAGCGCGCUCCUGGCGGAGCCGGUCCGAGUCGCGCACCGGGGCACGCGGGGCGCCAUGCCCUGCUGAUCCCCAGAAGUAUGUUUGGGCUGGAGCAGUUUGAGCCCCAGAUCAGCAGCAGAAACGCCGGACAGGGAGAGAGGAACUUUAGCCAGGCCGGACUGACCAUGGGCUCUCACUUCAAAUCGCCAGCUUUCCACUCCGGGGGCCCCGCGGAUCCGGCCAUCAGCGCCCUGGGCGAGCCUCCCCUCCUGGGCAUGAACAUGAACAUGGCUGGGGAAGCGUACGGCUUCCACGCUCGGGGACACUCCGAGCUGCAUGCAGGGGGGAUGCAGGCUCAGCCGGUUCAUGGCUUUUUCGGCAACCAGCAGCCUCACCACGGUCAUCCCAGCACCCACCACCCGCACCAGCAUCACCCGCACUUCAGCGGCAACUUUGGGUCCGAUCCCAGCGCCUCCUGCUUGCACGGCGGGCGGCUGAUGAGCUACAGCAGCAGCAUGGGCAGCCAGCAAGCGUUUGCGGAGGGAUAUGAACAUAUGGCCGAGAACCAAGGAGGCGAGGGCUUUGGACAGCAGAGGUCAGGUAACAUGCCCGACUUCCAGCACCAUAACUCCAGCGCCUCUAACCACGCCGUGCCCGCACCCUGCCUCCCACUGGAUCAGUCUCCCAACCGGGCUGCCUCCUUCCACGGGCUUCCAGCCUCCAGCUCCUCGGAUUCCCAUAGCCUGGAGCAGAGGCGGCUUCCCAACCCGGGAGGCGUCGAUUCUUUGGAAUACAAUUACGCCAGCGAUGGCCCUUCAGGACACUUUGAUUUGCCCGUGUUUUCUCCUUCCGAGUCUGAGGGGCAGCUUCCUCACUAUGGCGCUGGCCGACAAGUUCCUGGGGGUGGCAGUUUCCCUGGCACAUCCGUUUUGCCCAGAGCACCAGGCCUCGCGGGGAUGUCCAAAGUUCACCCGCAGCAGCAGCACGGUGUAUUCUUCGAAAGGUUUGGAGGUGCUCGUAAGAUGUCUGUGGGCAUGGAGCCUGGGGUUAACGCCAGACAUCCCCUGAUGCACCAGCAGCCCCAGACCGGUUUGCUGGCCAGACAAAACUCCUGUCCGCCAGCAAUCCCUAGGCAACAGCAAGCCGACGCCAAUGCGCCCAACCCCGGCUUGCAGGACAAUGGGCCCGUACUGCAGAACCAGCACGCCCAGUUUGAAUACCCUAUUCACAGACUGGAGAACAGGAAUAUGCACCCGUAUACCGAUCCCGUGUUUAAUAUGCAGCCCCCACCUCCGCAGCAGCCACCAAAUCAAAGACUGCAACAUUUCGACGCCCCGUACAUGAGCGUGGCCAAGAGGCCGAGGUUUGACUUCCCCAGCUCCCCCGCCGUCGACAGGUGCGCGGCCUGGAGCAACCCUCUGCACGGCGCCGGCAUGGAAAACCACCUGUCGCCUUCCGCCUACCCCGGCCUGGCGGGCGAGUUCACGCCGCCGGCGCCCGAGAGCUUUGCCCCGGGCCCGCCGCUCCAGCACCCGGGCCCCGACCCGCAGGCCCUGCAGCAGCGCCAGAACGCCGCCCUCAUGAUCAAGCAGAUGGCCUCCCGCAGCCAGCAGCAGAGACUCGGGCCGCCCAGCCUGCAGCAGCUGGGGCACCACGGGGACCUCGGCCAGAGCGGCCUGGGCCACGCGGGCCCCGUCGGGACCAUGCCGCAGCCCGGCUUCGAGCGCGAGAGCGGCGGCCGCGGGCCCGGCUUCGAGCCGCCCGCCCCGCACCUGGCCCAAGACAGCGGCUGGUUCCCGGGGCCGCCCCCGCCGGGGGGGGAGCUGCUGCCCCCGCCGCCGCCCCCGCCGCGGCGCCUGGGCGGGCCCGCCGAGCCCGGCCCGCACGAGCUCGGCCUGGCGCCCGGCGGCUCCGGCCUGCUCUUCCGGCCGGCCGCGGGCGCGCUGGGGCUGGCGGGGGAGGGGCGCGGGCCGGCCCUGCACUCCCCGGGCGUCCACGCCCCGUUCGGCGCCGGCCUGGCCCCGCUGCCCUCCCCGGGCGCCGGCGGCGGCGUGGGGCUGCCCAGCGCGCCCGCCGAGCGCCGGCCGCCGGCCGACUUCGCCGCGCCCCCGCUGGGCGGCCCGGCGGGCUUCGGCUUCGGCGCCUCGGGCCGCCCGGCCCCGCCGCCCAGCGCCAGCGGCUCGCCCGGCGCCUUCCCGCCGCCCGAGUUCCCGCCGGCGCCGCGCGCCGCCGCCGCCAGCAAGCUGGGCGCGCUGUCGCUGGGCUCCUUCGCCAAGCCGGCCAAGGAGGCCGCGUUCGGGCAGAGCUGCCUGGCCGCGCUCUCCACCGCCUGCCAGAACAUGAUCGCCAGCCUGGGCGCGCCCAACCUGCACGUCACCUUCGCCAAGCGCGGCCCGCCCGAGGCCCGGCGCAAGCCCGGCCCGCCCGAGCCCGACGGCGGCGCCGCGCCCGGCCCCGCGCCCGGCCCGGACUUCUUCCCCGCCAAGGCCGCGCCCGAGGCCAGCCUCUCGCCCGGCUUCCCGCCCGAGGCCGCGCCGGGCGGCGAGGGCAAGGCGGCGGCGGCGGCGGGUGGGCGCGGGCGGGGCCGGCGGAAGCGGGACAGCGGCCACGUCAGCCCGGGCGGCUUCUUCGACAAGUUCCCGCCGGCCGAGGGCGGCGGCGCGGCCAGCCCCGGCCCCGGCCCCGGCGCCCCGCCCGCCGCGCACGACCGGCCGCUGGCCUCGCCCUCCUGGGCCAAGGGCGGCGAGCGGCCGCGGGGCGAGCAGCCCGACCUCCUGGCCUCGCUGGACAGCGGCCUCCCGAGCGCCAGCCAGUCGGACGGCGGCUCCCCGCGCGGGGACUUCCCCGCCGAGCCCAGCCCCGCCUACGGCCACGAGGACGAGGUCUCCUCCAGCUCCGACGGCGGCCCGGCCAAGCCCCCCACGCGCAGCCCGCUGCUGGGCGGCUCCCCGCCGCAGGCGCUGCUGGGCGGCCAGAAGCCGCUGGCCCUGGGCCUGCUCGGCGGCCCGGGCCCGGCCCCGGACAGCUACGGGCUGGGCGGCGGCGGCGGCGGCGGCCACCCGGGCACCCCGGGCCUGGAGCAGGUGCGCACCCCGGGCAGCAGCUCGGCGCAGGACGAGAUCCACCCGCUGGAGAUCCUGCAGGCGCAGAUCCAGCUCCAGCGGCAGCAGUUCAGCAUCUCCGAAGACCAGCCGCUGGGCAUGAAGAGCAAAAAGGCCGAGUGCCCCAGCCAGAACGGGGAGGGCGAGCUGAACAGCUGUUGCUCGGAUACCGGCAAAGGUGCCAUGAGCACGAUAGACCUGGACUCUCUGAUGGCGGAGCAUAACUCUACCUGGUACAUGCCUAGCGAGAAGUCCUUGAUGGAGGGGCAGGAGGAGGACAAGCCUAUGGCACCGUGGGAGAAGUCGAAGCCCCAGAAUCCCAGCAAAGAAGGCGCACUCAGCCCCUGGCCAGAAAGCAAUGAAGACACCAAUAUGUCACUUACUCGUUUUUCCAAGAAAUACUACAAAAGAGGAAAUAUGAAAGUCAAAGCCCACGACCUUCCCCAGAACAAGACCUCAGCUGCGGCGCAGACUGGCAGCCAUUUGCAAUGCCUCUCAGUCCACUGCACGGAUGACAUGGGCGAGUCGAAGGGCCGGACUGCGGUGCCGACAUGGAGAUCCCUGCACUCAGACAUCUCCAACAGAUUUGGGACUUUUGUGGCUGCCCUGACUUGAACAAAAGGACAUUAUUUUUUUUCUCUUUUUAAUUUUAAAGGGCCGCUACUGCUAGGUGGACUAUUUUUCUAGAUUGGUACCUGCUUAGUGGCAUAUGGACUGGAAAGGGUUAAUUUAAAGUAAACCUCAAUUUUUUUAAUCUUCUGCCACAGUAUGUUACCAGUGUUAACCCUUUUGCAGUUAGCACACUUUUGCUUAAGAUUUUCCUGCUAGAUCAUUUUCCCCUUUAUUCUGUAAUCUUGGCAUACAUUUGUAGAUGAGGCCUUUUCCUUUUUCAUCUCAACGUAUGUCCAAGUAGUGUGUGUCAUAAUGAGGCAAAAAUACUUCUCCUUUUUCUUUCGUUUUUUCUUUUUUUUUCCCCCUUGCUUUGUUCAAUGCUUAUUAAAAUGGAAAUCCUGAAGAAUAGCAGUUCAGGAAUAAAUGCCGGUUGAAGUGAAAUUGUCAUCAUAAUAUUAUAUAUUGACACCAAGCUUUCGUCAGUCACAUACAAACCAAACAAUUAAUGCUCUAUUAAGUAUUCAGCCUGUGAUUUUUAUCUUUCCUGAGAUCAUUUAUUUUUUUGUUACCAAGAAUACAUUCAGCCUUCAUCUCUUGCUGUUAAGUGGAAACAACUGUUCAGUUUAUUUGCUGACUUGAAGCCCAGAUAUAGAGUUAUAUGCUGAACAAUAGGGCUUGUAGCAGUGAAGCCUGGUUGACCAAACAUGUUUAAAAAAAAUUGAAACUGCCAGUUAAAGCAUUUUAAUCCCUUCUCCACCAAGGACCAAGGUUUGAGUGGAAUUCCUCACACCCUUCUUCUAUUACUGGGGAGUACAGACCACCUCCAGGACACAGCAUAUAUCUAAAGUUCCCACAUCUUUAAAUUUCCUUCCAGAAGAAGAGAAGUUUAAGUACCACAUUAUCUCUGUAACUGUUGAAGCAGGGGCUUCUUUUAAGGAAAAUCACAUAUCAAACCACCGUUGUACUGUGCUUUUCCUGUGGAACAACUUCCUGGUUACAUGAAUGUAAGAAAACUCUGAUUCCUUGACAUGAGGAACUCCCUUGUGCUAGGCUAAAUUUAAAUCAGCCAUUCAGCUAUUCCUUAGGCCGUGUCUACACUAUCACUUAUGUCGCUCAGAUGUGUGGAAAAAAAACACACCCCUGGAUGACAUAAGUUUCACCAGCAUAAGUGACAGUGAGCACAGCACUAUGUUGGUGGGAGAACUUCCCUUGCAGACAUCGUUACCGCUGCUCGUUGGGGGUGGUUUAGUUCUGUUGACGGGAGAGCUCUCUACCGUCAGCAUAGAGUAGCUAUGUGGGAGAUCUUACAGUGGCACAGAUAAGGGUUGCUACCUUUCUAAUUGCUGAUAACUGGACCCUUCUCUGCCUCUUCCCUGCCCAAGAUACCUUCCCCCAUUGCUCGCUGGAUCAUCUCCACCUCCCACCCCACCCACCAGCUAGGCUCCCUCUGCUCUGGGGCUGGGACGGGAGCUGCUGCAGCCUGACAAGAAGCCUGCCUGCAGGUAGGAGGCGGCCCUGGCUGAGCAGGGGCUGGCAUGGGUUAAUGACUCGGCGCCUCCCCACGGUAACUGGACUUUUGGUGUCUGGUCAAUACAUCUGACUGAAUGCUGCCAGGUCCCUUUUUCAACCAGACUUUGCGGGUGAAAGCCAGGCACCUAGCAAACAGACACAGAAGUCGAUAACUGGAUUGCCUGGGUACAGCCCGGUUGGGUGGCAACCCUAAUGCAAUUGCAUCAGUACAGCUGUUCCACUGUGAGCUCUCUAGCGUAGAUACAGCCUUAAAUUUACCAAAGGUGUCACAAGUCGGCACUGAAGCAAAGGCCUCAUUUUUUGGCUAAAGAAAAAGCCCCCUCAGAUUGCUGGUAACGUUUUUAGUAUAGCUGCUUGUGCCCUUUUUCCACAGCAGGGCUUUGGUGCCAUUGCUCGAAGUGCCACCCUUUAAUGUAUGUCACUGAAAACGUUGAAUGUCUGAGAUCAGGCAUUUUCAGGAGUGGAACCAAGCAUGAAGCUGGGAAAUUUGGUACAUAUCAGUACAUACCGGUGGGUAUCCUUUUCAUUCUAGCCAGUUCCCACAUUUGUGCACCUGUAUGUCAGAGAUUAGCGUUCUCUAAACUGCCAGGCUGCUAGUGCGGCCUAACGUGGAUCCCAUAAUUCCUGCUGGUAAAGACAGUUUCUAUUCGCAUUUGUGUCGUGUUUGAAGGACAGUAUUAUUAGAUACAUACAAUAAAAGGAAACCAUUCUUUCCUGCCCUUCACAGAUAAUACUCAUCAGGGCGGAAAGCUGGAAACAAAUGAGCUAAAAAUGAAAAGAUGGUCGCACACUGGUGUGGUUUUACAUUUGUGUAGCCUCUGCUUACAGUAAGACUAAACGGUCCCACCCUUGUUCAGACGUGUUCAAUCCAGUGGUGCUGGAACAAUUUUUAUAGUGGGGGUGCUGAAGGUGAAAACCAUAUAUUUGGGGUGUUACUAUUUCAAGUCAGGGUGUGGCAGCACCCCUAGUUCCAGCACCCUCCACUCAGUCUCCUCUUCUCCUUUGCAGUUAGUAAGAGCAUUGGAGGAUUAGAUCAUAGCUGUGAAAUAAAGGACUGGAACGCCGUGAUUAUUUAUCCCUUGUUUCAUGGAUUCACAGUGUGCCCCUUUUUGAGAGCUGGUGUUUAGAGGACUGUCUUGAACUUAUCUUGGAUGGUCGCAUUGGGCCAUUGGUUUUAAAGCAGAGUUCUGUAUUGACACCACUGGGGAGGGAAUUGUGCUUAAAAACUCAUGGUACAUUGUGGCCCUGAAAUCUUUCAAUCAUGCUGUUUCAAAACUCACAACAUUUUAAAUAAAAAGAAAAGGAGUACUUGUGGCACCUUAAUAAAUUGGUUAGUCUCUAAGGUGCCACAAAUUAUUCCUUUUCUUUUUGCGAAUACAGACUAACAUGGCUGUUACUCUGAAACCUAACAUUUAAAUGAAGUUACAGAUGGUAUUUAAUUUGUCACACUCUCCCUGCUCUCUUAUUUGGAACAAGCUCUCCUUGGCCUUAUGUGGAUUUAUUUUCCUGCUGUGUCACUGCUCACUGACUUGACUUGGGUUAAUUUUUUUUAAACUAGGAAAUUAUAAUAAGGGUCACUGAAUUUUAGUUGGUCUUUGUUUCAGAAUUUAAAAAACAUCCCUGAUUUUGAGACGCUUUUAAUCUUUUUUUAAAAAAAGAUUGUUUUGAUGCUGGAAUGGUGACUGGAAUAUGGAGCUCACUUGUAUUCCCGGGCCUAGAACAAAAAGGCAUGACACUUGGCCGGAUCCAGGUGAAAGGCUCAAAUCUUCUGCCCUUCACCUGCUCUAAAUAACAUAGUCUGAGAGAAUAUAUCUCCUGGUGUAACAAUCGUUACCCAGACUCGCUUUGGAGAACACGCCCCAACCCAAGAAAGCACAGUUUCUUAAGUCCCAGUUCAGCAGAGUACUUACUUAUGUGCUUAAUUUUAAAUGUAAGUAAUUCCAUUUCUCGUCAUCCAAGCACUUAAGCAUGUGCUUUCCCUGAGGCACGUGUUUCUCUCGUUAGAUUUCAUGGAAUUUAAACCAAGUUUUAAAAAAAAAUGAGUAGGAGAGGGGAGGAAACUUGGUUCUGCCUCUGGAGCUGCCCGUUUAUUUAUCAAACCUGUCUGGACAUGCUACAGGGUCUGUUUAGCCUUUUUGGUAGCUUUGUUCCAUCCACGUCUCCCUGACUUGUAAAUGGCUUAUUCUCACCUUAACUGAGGGACAGAAUGCCAGCUGCCUAAUAGUAAUUAUUGAAGUGAUACCAGUACGUUGCAAUGGGAUUUCAGGACGUCUGUUUGCAAAAUUCUGAUGGAAUAAGGUGUAUGCAAUUACUGACCAGGUUAAUGUUUAUUACUAAGCUUUUAUUACCUGUGAUAAAUUUUCUGUCCAGCUUCUCCAUUGGUUUGAUAAGUGCACUGAUUUUUUUAAACAUAUACAAAAUAUCAGCAAAGCACUAGAUUAUCAAAAAGAUUUAGUUUCUGGAAUAAUGAUACUUGUCUUCAUUUUAGGAAUGCUUUGAGAGCUACAGAUGAAAAAUGCUGAGAGAGCUAAAGUAUCACUAGAUCUCCAUUUUACAGGUCAGGAAAUGGAGCUGGGGAAGGGGGGAGUGACUUGAGAUGAGUCCCAGAGCUGGGACUGUAACACUGUUCUCCUGACUCCUAGUUCAGUGGCAUACACAUUGGCCUAUCUGCUUCUUCAGUAUAAUUUUAAAACUGCUGCCUUUGAGGACAGUCUAGUCCAAUAAGUAAUGAAAUUCAAUGAAUUGCAAGUGCUGCAAAAAUGACUGCAUAAAGCCAAGAAAAAAAAGUUUAAAGUGCAUCUGCAUAUUUUAAAAGACUUCAUGGGGGUGAAAACAUGGCACUAAAAAGCCAGUAAUUUUAUGAUAAAUAUGCAUUUAACAUGUGUACAAGCUUCAUUUUGUAUUGCAAACAGCAGCUUAAAAUAAUAUGGCUUCAUACUUGUACUGCAGAGUCCACUUUGACCCGCCUGGCAUUUUCAGUUGCUGUACACAGGCGUGUAGUCUAGGCAGCAGUCUAAGCAGCAUUUUAGAAAUUAAAUCUUUUAGUUCUUACCCCUCGAGGGUAAAUUUCUCCCUGCACAGUGUUUGCUGACUUUUUGUGUGUGUGUUAAAAGAAAUUUCAUACUUACACUUCGAGUGUCAGCAUAGUAGCAUAUUGAGCAAAAUAUCGUUUGUUUGUUUGUUUAAGUUAUGGGGAAUGAUAAGUCAUUUUUGUCAAAAAAGAAUGAAUAGGCCUUAUUUAUUAAAUGCUCUUUGGGAGUUUUCCCCAGGGCAUGUUCUCAUAGGGUUAAUAUUUCUCCGUCACUGUAAUUCAUUUGUUAGCUCAUCAGUGACAGGAGUUUAGAUUCAUUUUCAUUUAAUUAAGGUGAAUUUCAGCAAAUGUGUAAUGAUUCCAGGAUUAAUGUGGUAUGGUGGGUGGAAAAGAAAUAAAAAUGAAAAUUUCGUCAUCUAUUUCGUUUAGCGAACUCCUUCUAAUGCUGCAUUUAGAGAUGGCCGUUCUAAGGCUAGUUAACCUUUCCAACCAGGAAAUCAGUUUGAAGGCUUUCUGGCACAACACUACGGCUAAAUGUUCAUUAACUCCUUAAUGAAGAGCUGUGUAAUAUGACCACAAAUCUAUCUGCUGUAGAGCAAGUCAUGUUUGCUCUAAUACUAAGAAGAAAUAGAAUUGGUAAAUUUGAUUUUUUUUUUAAAGCUGCAGUGUAUCCUUUUCUUGAAUUCUAGAUUCACAGCUGUUCAGUGGAUGGGGUAUAAGAGCUUAAUCCAUUGUUAUAGAAUUGUUUCUCCUUUAUUGCUUAAGGCUAAUGGAGGAAAUAGUCUAAUUUUGUCUUAGAAUUUUUCUAUUAAAAUUGUUGGUUUGAGUCCAUCCGUUCAUAGAUUUUGACUGAUGAAACUGCAGGCUGUGAAUUCCGGCAGUUAUAACUUUAUCACUGAAUAUUCACUACUCAAGAAUAUUACAGCUUUAAAACAGCCUUAAGCAAAAGGAUGUUAUUUCUUUGUACUAAAUUUGGUUCAUGGAUAAGAAAAAAAAAAUAACACUGGUAAUCCGUACUGCAUAGCAAACUCUUCUGAAAAAUGUUAUUGCACAUGUAAAAUAUGAAAACUUGACUCUGCUGUGUGUUAGGCAAUCCUGUAAUCUUUUUUUUUUCUCUCUUGUUAAAUUCAUUUCUUAAAUGCUUGGUUGGAAGACUGUGACAAUAGCUCAUGAAAUUGAGUGUUAUUUUUCUUUCUUUUUUUAAAUAUGUAAAGUGCAGUCUUCUGUAUUCAUGCAUAUUGUAUAUAUCUGUAUAUGUUUUACUGAGCAACUAAAUAACAAUAAAUAUGAUGUUAAUGGUG